AUGGAAGAGUUGGCACCAGUAGAAAGUCAGGGCCAGCUCCCAAGCCCCCACCAUGGCUCUCUGAGGAAGGCCGUGGCAGCUGCCCUGGCCCUGGAUGGGGAAUCCACAAUAGGUCGCAGGAAAAAGAAGAGGAAGGAGUCCCGCCCAGAAUCUAUUAUCAUCUACAGGUCAGAGAGUGAGAAAGUGGAUGAGGAGCCUGGGGAAUCAGAAGGUGGAGACCAGCCUAAAGAGGAGGAAGGAGCCGACUUCCUAGACUAUCCUGCCGAUGAUGGUAUGUGGAACAUGCCUUUGGACAGCCGCUAUGUCACAUUAACUGGGACCAUCACACGAGGGAAGAAAAAGGGUCAGAUGGUGGACAUCCAUGUCACUUUGACCGAAAAGGAGCUGCAGGAAUUGACCAAGCCUAAAGAGUCAUUGAAAGAAACAACACCAGAAGGCAGAAAGGUCUGCCAGAUGUCAGCAGACCGUGGGCCCCACGUGGUCCUCUGGACGCUGGUCUGCCUGCCUGUGGUUUUUAUCCUCUCCUUCGUUGUCUCUUUCUACUAUGGCACUAUCACUUGGUACAACAUCUUCCUUGUGUACAAUGAGGAGAGGACCUUCUGGCAUAAGAUCUCAUGUUGCCCCUGCCUCAUUCUCUUCUACCCAGUGCUCAUCAUGGCCAUGGCCUCUUCCCUGGGCCUCUAUGCUGCUGUGGUUCAGCUCUCGUGGUCCUGGGGAGCAUGGUGGCAAGCUGCCCGGGACAUGGAGAAAGGCUUCUGCGGCUGGCUCUGCAGCAAGCUGGGUCUGGAGGACUGUUCUCCCUACAGCAUUGUGGAGUUGCUUGAAUGUGAUAAUAUUUCAGGCAAUCUCUCUAACAAGGACUCUACCCAGGAAGUAGAAACUUCCACUGUCUAAACUUC